AUGGCUAAAAAUGUGGCUAACCAGGAAGAGACAGGUGGGAGGAGGAAAGCUGUCACCUUUAUGCAGUCCUCAAAGUAUUUUUCCACCCAGGUCAAUUCCACGUCCCUGAAUUCCCCCACUGGCAGAGGGUCCAUGGCGGCACCCUCCCUGCACCCGUCCAUUGGCCCAGGCCUCGGCUCGUCGCUCGGCUCGUCUGGUCAGCUGCACUCACCCAUCAGCACCCUCAGUUCCCCCAUCAAUGGCAUGGGCCCUCCCUUCUCCGUCAUCAGCUCCCCCAUGGGGCCUCACUCAAUGUCUGUCCCCACGACUCCCACCCUCGGGUUUGGGACGGGCAGUCCCCAGCUCAACUCGCCAAUGAACCCAGUCAGUAGCACAGAAGAUAUUAAGCCACCCCUUGGGCUCAAUGGAGUUCUUAAAGUGCCCGCCCAUCCCUCAGGAACUAUGGCCUCCUUCACCAAGCACAUAUGUGCCAUCUGUGGGGACCGCUCCUCAGAGAUGCCCUUCGGAUCCUCCUAUCAUCUCAGUGGCCCCUUCUUUGUGGUUGGUCAGCCCAACGACCCUGUUACGAACAUAUGCCAAGCAGCAGAUAAACAGCUCUUCACCUUGGUGGAAUGGGCCAAGAGAAUCCCCCACUUCUCAGAGCUCCCCUUGGAUGACCAGGUCAUUCUAUUGCGAGCUGGCUGGAAUGAGCUGCUCAUCGCCUCGUUCUCUCACCGCUCGAUAGCAGUGAAAGAUGGGAUCCUUCUUGCCACCGGCCUUCACGUCCAUAGGAACAGCGCUCACAGUGCAGGGGUGGGCGCCAUCUUUGACAGAGUCCUGACAGAACUUGUGUCAAAAAUGCGAGACAUGCAGAUGGACAAGACAGAGCUGGGCUGCCUGAGAGCCAUUGUCCUCUUCAACCCGGACUCUAAGGGACUUUCCAACCCUGCAGAAGUAGAAGCUCUACGAGAGAAAGUUUACGCUUCCCUCGAAGCCUACUGCAAACACAAGUACCCGGACCAGCCUGGAAGGUUCGCCAAGCUCUUGCUCCGUCUCCCUGCUCUCCGGUCCAUUGGCCUGAAAUGCUUGGAGCACCUCUUCUUCUUCAAGCUCAUAGGAGAUACACCCAUUGACACCUUCCUGAUGGAGAUGUUGGAGGCUCCCCACCAAAUGACAUAGACCAAACCUCACCCCAUAGGGUCAGUCCUUUUCUGUCCAGUGGGAGGCAGCCCCCACCUCAAGUCCCCUCUCCCAACCUCUCUGCUGAUGCCAGAAACAUCUUUUGUUCUGUUCUUCUCAGCCUGGAUGACAUCCUGUA